GAAGUCGCGUUCACUGCCACCAUGAGCGGCGGAAGUAGGGGUCGAAAGUCCUCCCGCGCCAAAAGCCGGGGCAAAAGCCGCGCCAAAGCCCGCGUCCGCGCGGCUCGCGAUGACGCCCCGCGCGACGCUGACCCUCCACAGUCCCAGAGGCUCGGGGAGAACGCCAAGGCGGCACAGGUGCAGGCUGGCGCGGGUUGGGGUGGCCUGGAAACCGCUGAGCCCGCGCCGCCCCUCCAGCUCGGGGACGAGGCUGCCAGCCGGCUCCCCCUGGACUGUGGCCUAGCGCUCCGGGCCCGAGUCGCGGGGGACCGCGGACUGGCCGCCACCAGGCCCGGCCGGGGGAAGGUCACGUCCCUGUCCGAGCGCCUAGCAAAAGACACCGUCUUCGUGGGAACUGUGGGAACCGUGGGAAGGCCGAAAAAUGGCCCCCGCGGUGGAAAUCGGCGUGGCCCUGCUGGGAAGAAGGUCCCAGAAACCUGUAGCGCCAUGGGGAGGGGACCUCAGGCCAUAGCUGGUGGGAAGCCCAAGAAAGGGACGGCUGGGGAGUGUACCCCUGUCUCAGUGGGGGAGGAGCGGAACGAUGCAGGGUCAGGGUCCCCAGGGACCGAAGGUAGCAUGGAUACUCUGGAGACUGUCCAGCUGAAGCUGGAGACCAUGAACGCCCAGGCAGACAGGGCCUACCUUAGGCUCUCGCGCAAGUUCGGGCAGCUGAGGUUGCACCACUUAGAACGCAGGAACCUCCUCAUCCAGAACAUCCCCGGCUUCUGGGGGCAAGCUUUUCAGAACCACCCCCAGCUCGCAUCCUUUCUGAACAACCAAGACAAAGAGGUACUCAGCUAUUUGAAUAGCUUGGAGGUGGAAGAGCUUGGCCUCGCCAGACUGGGCUACAAAAUCAAGUUCUACUUUGGCCGCAACCCCUAUUUCCAAAAUAAGGUGCUCAUCAAGGAAUAUGGGUGUGGCCCCUCUGGUCAGGUGGUAUCUCGUUCUACUCCAAUCCAAUGGCACCCUGGUCAUGAUCUGCAGUCCCUAAGCCAGGGAAACUCGGAAAACAACCGAAGCUUCUUUGGGUGGUUUUCAAACCACAGCUCUAUUGAGUCUGAUAAGAUUGUCGAGAUAAUCAACGAGGAACUGUGGCCCAAUCCCCUGCAGUACUACCUUAUGAGCGAAGGGGCUCGAGGAGAAAAAGGAAAGGAGGGCAGGCCAGGUCCAGCAAAGCAGCCAGUGGAGACCCCAGAGCCUGGGGUAAAACAGACUAACUGAUCCUACAUGGCUCCCUCCAACCUCCUGCUGGACCUGUUCCUGGCUGAGUGCAUGUGUGUUUGGCUGUCUUCCUUCGCUUCAUUUUGUACUCUGUACUGUAGCCCCUUUAGCAACAAGAAUGGCAUUUAUGAUCAUUUUCUUUUGCCGCCUCAUGGCCUUCUUGCUUUUUCACAAUAGUGUCACCUGUUAUGUGAUCUCAUUGUUUGUAUGUUAAGCACUUAUACAUCAGAUGUCUGCUGCCUUUCUUUACAUUCCCUGGACCUUGUUCUUGGCUGUGGCCUUUCCCACUGGUCUGUGACAUGGACGCUCAGUGAGUCAUCCUCCAGGAAGACCAGGGCAUCCUCAAGCUCUGCUACUUCAUGGCCAGUGACUUGCUGGGCUUUGAGUUCAUUCUGGCUAUGCAUGUCAUCAAUGGCAAGCUUUUCUUUUGCCACUACAAAAUGAAGCCAGUGCAUGCAGCAUUGGCAUCAACCAGAAUUUACUGUUCUGGGGGCACCAACCCGAGUAGGUGCCACCUACUUGAUAUCUCCAGCUUUGGCUUGGGGGCUGUGCUACCUAUAUACUGUGCAUCCAGUAGAAUAGCACUUGAUUUUUGGGCAUGUGGUCAAGGUCAAGAAAUAGUAUGCCCUGAGUUCUUUACGUCAUAUGUCUCUUCUUACCUCUGGGCCCAGCUACUGGUGAACCUUCAAAGCCUGUCCAUGCAUGGUAACUGUGAAGCCACUGAGUUUUGUCUAGGUUGUUUCUGACCACAUCUGGCCUCCUGGUCAACAAGGAGCAUAAGAACUGCCUGUGGACCCAGAUACCCUGCCAGUGCAUGAGACAUGCCUACCUGUCCCAGGCUUCAGGAACCCUACUGGCUGCCAGACUGAUGGGCAGGCUGGUAUGUGUAUACACAUGCUCUCUGUUGUGAUGCUAUGACUCCAGGUGGGGGUAGGGUCUGGGCCCCACCUUUGUCAACUAGGUAUCUUUUGUCAGUCCUAAAAUAUGACAAGAUUUUCCUAAUUGGGGUGCUGGGAAGAAGUAUUUCUUACCUGUUGGCCUCUUGUCUACUUGACUUCAUCUCACAAUUUUAUACUACAUAAUCAGUCUGCCUCCCAGUCUUCCUUCUGCUUCCUUCCACUCUCCCUCCCUCUUUUCUUCCUUUCCUGCCACUCUUCCUUCCUCCACUGCUCCUUGCCCUUCUUCCUUUUCUUUUUUCGUUUGCUUAGACAGAAAAAGCAAAACAACUAGGGUGUUUGUACAUACAGCCAAGGAGACAGCUGGAUACUUGUUAAGCACAUUCACAUACUAGGCUGAAAUAGAGUAGAGGAAACCAGAAGGCCAAGCGAGUCUUUGGUCAGACUCUGGUGCUGACUCCUGGGCUCAUUCUAUGGUUCUGAAGUUGAAACCCUUUUCAUAUCUAUGCAUUUGCUAGAAUUAGAAACCCCAAGGUAGCAGUUGUAUGGACUAGUGUCUGCUCGUGUUUUGACUUUGUGUGUGUGCCCUUUGAACCCCAGGGGCCUCUUGCUGUGUCUUGUCUGUGGUAGACUCAGCAGCUUGGAUCCUCAGCAGCCAGCUUUCCCACUCAUCAAUCCUUUCCUCUCUUUGCUUCUACUUUCAAAUGCCUGUAGAAGGUAGGCUUUAGUCUCAAGUAUGGGAGACCACAAAGCACUAAGAGGCAUGGGUUAGGCAGGAGCAGAAUCUGUUCUAGAUCUUCAGGCUAUUUUUGGUGGGGUGCAGGCUGAGCUGGGCUUUCCCUGCCCAUGUUUGUUUGUGUCCUCUUUUUUUUCCCUCAUUCCUAAGGGUAAGAAGUAGGACUGCCUAUACCUGCACUUUCUCUGUCCUCCCUUACCUUACAAAAGACCUUGUUCUAAGUUCUGCUAGGGAGUCCUCGAUUUGGAGUUGCAAAGAGGGGAUGCUAGGCAGGAAGAUUGGAGCAAAAAUUGGAGCAUGAGCCUGAUACAGAGUAGCCCUGGAAAAAAGACCCAUAGCUUGAGAAUCUUCAGGAAGAGCAUGUCUGUUUCUCAGCUAUGGAUAGGUCACAGGGACCUUCCUCAGGAUUAGAAGGGAGAAUUAAAAGGGUUGUUGGUAAAUAGGAUGCCCAGGUAAGAGUGGGUCCAAAGCUUUUCCAAUCUAUAUCUCAUCAUUAGUGGAUUUUUCGAAUCACAGAAACAAACCAAAAGCAAUGUUAUUAUUCUGGGUGCUUUCUCUUUUGUUUUAGAUUUGGCCUUGUAUCUGUGGAAGAUUAAUUCUAUGUGAUGUGUAUUUUGCCUCUAAGUAAAAUUUUACCACUUUCCCUGUUGUUGCCUUAUGGGAAAAAUAGAGCUGUAUAAGUAUUUUUUAAAACUGUUUUGCUCUUUAUCUGGACAUUUUCAGAAUCACAGGAGUGGAGAGGAUAAGCCCUGGACCUUGUGUUCCAUCACCUAGCUACAUCAGUCACCUGUUAUGAUCAGCCUAGUGUCAUCUAUAGCUGCUUCUUCUGCCUGUAUUGUUUAUUUAAAGCCUAAAACUCUAUGCCAUUGCAACCUGGGCUAGUUUGGAGUUUGGAACUCUGAUGGUAUGAGUAGUGUGCAAUACUAUCAUUAGCAUCAAGUUUGUUUUUGCUUUUUUGUGUUAAGUAAUGAACUCCCAGAAACCAGUCUUCAGAAUUAAUCAGACUCAAAAUGAGGUGAGGGAGUUACUUCCUCUCCCCCACAUCCACAAAAGAACAGACUGUUUAACUCUUUGAGACUCUGUUGUAACGUACUUGAGAUCCUUCACCAUAAUAUUAAUUUUUUUCCAGUGUAGCAUGGCAACUUAUGUGACUGUUAGAAUUAUUAUCAGUUUUCCCUAGGCCCUUAACUCUGGACAUGGAAAUAUAAUUUGGAAAUUAUUUCUGUAUUUUGUGAAAAUAAUCACUAACUGGUUGUUCUGCUUAAUAAUUUGGCACCCUGGUAAUAAUGCAAUUAUUUCUGUGUUUAUGAACAGCAUAAAUAGUUGUAAGCUUGCCUGCAUGAUGGAAAAAUAAAAAUAUAUCUCUGUUAUAUUUCUUAUUUGCGAAAAAUAAUUGGAAUGUUGGUAGGUAGAGUCUGGGCAGUGAGGAAUGUAUACAU